UUUUAUUACGGUGAGACCACUGUAAUAACAUAACAUGACUUUUUUUUUUUUUUACCCAUUAUUCCCACUUUUUAAACAUAUCUAUUCCCAUUAUACUCCUUUAUACACUCAUUUUGUUACAUCUCAUUUGUAUUUCUACCCUUACUUUUCUUUUUGUAUCAUUUAGAACAACAGCUUAAUAAAGAAAAAGGGUUUCUGUUAGCGGAAAUUCAAAAAUCAAAGCAAGUUCAGGGGAGAUGCUUUUUUUUUUUGAACAUGUCAAAAAACUUUUUAUAAUCAAAAACCCUAGAUACUUCUGGACCCAUAGGUUUAAUAAAAACAUCUGGUAUAUAUAAAUGAGGGUUCAUUUCUUCUAGUAUCAAGUUUUGUUCUACACGUUUCUCUAUUUUUUUUUUUUUUUCUGUAAGGAAAAACCCCCAACUUACACGAAUGCAUUUUCAGUAUAUUUCUCUUGCCAUUGCAACCACUUUGGUAGCACUCUCACAAGCCAAUAAAGAAAUCACGGUCAAGAACAACUGUCCAACUACAAUUACUGUGGGUGUAUUGACAAAUGGUGUAAGUGCAGGUGCUCCCGAGAUGAGCUUUGAUUUGACACAAGGUGCAACCAAUUCAUUUAGUAAAGCGGACUCAUGGGGAGGUCGCGUCUGGGGCCGUUACAUGUGUUCUGGUUCUGCUGGUAAAGAUCUUUCCAAGUGUGGUGUUCCCGGUGCCUCAAACCCUGCUAGUUUGGCUGAGUUCUUUUUCAAGGGCACGGGAGGUAAGGAUUUCUAUGAUAUUAGUCUGGUGGACGGAUUUAAUAUACCAAUGAAUAUCGAGCCCACCGGUGGUGCCAAUCCCAGUGGUUACAGCUGUGGAUCUCCCCAAUGUCACAUUACUUCUUGUCCCAAGGAAUUUUCCGUAUUGGAUUCUACUGGAAAUGUAAUUUCUUGUCAAAGUGACUGUUCUAAAAGCGGUAGUCCUGAGGAUUGUUGUACAGGUGAGCAUAAUGAUCCUAAUGUUUGUAAAGCAGGCCAAAACGCAGCUGCUAUUAAAGAAGCCUGUCCCGAUGCUUAUAGUUUUGCAUAUGACGAUCAAAAGUCUACUUAUGAAUGCGCUGCAGAAAGUUUCACUGUAAACUUUUGUUAAUCAUUUGCUCGCUCUUAUUUUGUUUACACUUUAUUUCUAAUAUAUAUAUAUAAUAAACCC